AUCUGCGUUUUUCUACCAUCUUCCUUUUGUUUUUGUCGCCCGUGUGCGCGUUUCUCUGUGUUUUGUUUUCUCUCUCUCUCUCUCUCUCUCUCUUUCUUCCUCCCCUUCUCCCUGUUUUUUUUUCGCCGUGUUCUGCUGGGGACUUGUGAAUGGCAGCCAAUGGGAGGGUUGAGUCCCCUCAGCCUCUCAGCCUCCCUGACAUCCACAGCGAGAAUUGAUGCAGCGCGACUGAGACGCGCAGUUGAGGUGGAACAACGGGCAACCGGAAAGCUGCAGUGAACGGAUACUCUCCGACGAGGUUUUUUUUUUUUUUUUGCUUGCUUUUGCGCCUUUUUCCACGAAAAUCUGGAAGAAACUUCACUAUCAGUUCUGGUAACUUCCCCAGUUGCCAGCGCCGCCGCCGUCCACCCCUCAACUCUCUUGCCCCUGGGCCCCGGAGCCCAUAUGGCCAGCUACAGUGUCUCUCCCUGACCUAUGGCCGGGUCUGUUGUUGAGCCAAACCCCCCUGAGGAGCUCGGUAAUUACAAAUAAGCUGGAAGUCACACCAGCCACGAGGAAAAAGGUGCCGGCUGCCGCCCCAUGCGAGUCUGAGGAGCCUCUUCCUGCUUCAGUAGAUUACAGCAUGAGAGCUGAUCCGAUACUCUGACCGAAGAGACGACAGAAGGCCGUUGGAGGUGGUUGGUGGUCGGAGGUGGUGUGGCAGCCAUGGACGGGAGGAGAGUUUGCGUACUCAUGGUGCUGUGGGCCAUGACCCACCUCGGCUCUCCGGGGCUCGGCCUCAGGGCCCUGCGGAGGACUACAGGGGGGCGGAGGGCGGGACGGAUGGGCCAGGACGCCAACGGAGUGCCGCUGAGACGCUCGAAACGAGGUUGGAUGUGGAACCAGUUCUUUUUGUUGGAGGAGUACACCGGGACGGACAUGCAGUACGUCGGAAAGCUUCACUCGGAUUCGGACCGAGGAGACGGCAGCGUGAAGUACGUCCUCACCGGGGAGGGAGCCGGGUCGCUUUUCAAGAUAGACGAGAAGUCGGGGGACAUUCACGCCACCAAGAGGCUGGACCGCGAGGAGAAGGCCUACUACAUCCUCCACGCCAAAGCUGUCAACCGCUUCACCAACGAGGCGCUGGAGGGCGAGUCCGAGUUCAUCAUCAAGAUCCACGACAUCAAUGACAACGAGCCGCGCUUCACCAAGGACCCCUACAUGGCCAGAGUCCCUGAAAUGUCCGACAUCGGCACUUCAGUAAUUCAGGUGACAGCCACCGACGCCGACGACGCCACGUAUGGGAACAGCGCCAAGGUGGUGUACAGCAUCCUGGAGGGCCAGCCGUACUUCUCCGUGGACCCAGAAACCGGCCUGAUCAAGACAGCGCUGCCUGGCAUGGAUCGAGAAGUGAAAGAAAACUACCAGGUUGUGAUCCAGGCCAAAGACAUGGCCGGACAGAUGGGCGGACUCUCCGGGACCACGACAGUCAGCAUCACCCUCUCGGACGUCAAUGACAACCCGCCACGCUUCACCAAGACUCUCUACGAGUUCAGAGUGCCCGAGUCCAAUGAGGUGGGAUCAUCAGUGGGAGUGAUCCGGGCCAUGGACGCCGACAUCGGCCAGAAUGCGGAGAUGGACUACAGGAUCAUCGGCAGCGACGGCCCGGGGAUGUUUGAUAUCACCACCAACAGGAGCACGCAGGAUGGCAUCAUUGUCCUGAGGAAGCCUCUGGACUUUGAGAGGAAGCGUCAGUACAGCCUCCGUGUCCAGGUGGAGAACUCCCACAUCAACCCUCGUUUCUACUCCAUGGGGCCCUUCAGGGACGAGGCCACCAUCAAGAUCGUGGUGGAGGACGUGGACGAGCCGCCGGAGUUCGAGCGAGCCAGCUACGUCAUGGAGGUGAAGGAGGAUGCCGCCAAGAACACCGUCAUCGGAUCCGUCAGCGCCUCGGACCCAGAUGACAAAAACAGCCUCGUCAGGUACUCCAUCGAUCGACGCACGGACAUGGACCGAGUGUUCAACAUCCACGCCGGCAACGGGUCGGUGUUCAUCCUCAGGGAGCUGGACAGGGAGGAGAACGCCUGGCAUAACAUCUCCGUCAUCGCCACCGAGUUCAACAACCCGCGGCAGAUCAGCCGGGUGCCGGUAUACAUCAGAGUGCUGGACGUCAACGACAACGCUCCAACAUUUGCCACCAAUUAUGAGACGUUUGUGUGUGAGAACGCGAAGGCUAAUCAGAGGAUACAAACCAUCAGCGCCACGGAUCCUGACGAGCCGCUCGCAGGACAUCGCUUCUUCUUCGGUCUUGCACAGGACGCUGCUGGAAAAGCCAACUUCUCUGUCCGUGACAACAAAGACAACACGGCCGGGAUCCUCACACGGAGGAACAGCUACAGCAGCCUCCAGAAGAGUGUCUACCACGUCCCCGUGGUCAUUUCUGACGGAGAGUUCCCCAUGCAGAGCAGCACCAACACACUGACCAUCAGGGUUUGCACCUGCGACCGCGAAGGCAACAUGAAGCUGUGCAAUGCCGAGGCACUGACGGCGAGGGCAGGACUCAGCACUGGAGCCCUGGUGGCCAUUUUGCUUUGCGUCAUCAUCUUGCUCAUGAUCGUGGUGCUGUUCGCUGCCCUGAGGAGGCAGAGGAAGAAGGAGCCUCUGAUCAUCUCCAAAGAGGAUGUCAGAGACAACGUCGUCAGCUACAACGACGAGGGCGGUGGCGAGGAGGACACCCAGGCCUUCGAUAUCGGCACACUGCGAAACCCAGAGGCCAUCGAGGAGAGCAAACAGCGGCGGGACAUUGUGCCCGAGACCUUCUACCCUCCGGUCCGACGGCCAGUUCUGCCCCCGACCCGGGACAAUAACGGGGACGUGAGGGACUUCAUCAACCAGAGGCUCCAGGACAACGACAGUGACCCGACGGCGCCGCCUUACGACUCCCUCGCCACCUACGCCUACGAGGGCAACGGCUCGGUGGCGGAGUCCCUCAGCUCCCUGGAGUCGGUGACUACCGAGGGCGACCAGGACUACAACUACCUGAGCGAGUGGGGGCCGCGGUUUAAGAAACUGGCGGACAUGUACGGGGGCGAUGACAGCGACAGGGAUUCCUAACAAGAGCCUUGGCACACAGACAAGGAAGUAAUGUAGAAAACUUUCGGGCAGUUCUGGUGCAUGUGCGGUGAGUUAAAGGACAGAGGAAAGAGCUCGGUUUCGUCCAAAGCGCUCUUUUGCCGCCUUUGACCACCAUUCAUUGUCCCUCCGGUGACCAGACGUAGGCUUUGUGUGUCCAGUCCGUGUUAGUUGCGUUUUUGCGAGGGCACAGUAAAAAGAGACUUUGUGUCGAGACUUUUUUUGUGUGUGUAUAUGGGGUGUACACGAGGCCCAAAUAUAUCUAUACUGAUAUUUUUUUGUUUUAGUUUCUUUUGGUUCGUUUUUUUCCAAAGCUGCCUGUGAUGGACACGCUCUACAAGCAGUUUUGUAAACCAACAGAUAUGCCUAUGUAUUUUUCAGUGUUUCUGGGACAAAAACAUGCUGCAUAUUGUGAGUUCUAUCUUAGCUUGUGUAUGUACGGUAACAUGAUACGAUACGCUGUACAGUUGUUUUGUUUUUCUAGGGAUUUCUAUCUUCCGAAUGAUCCCCCCUCCUUUUCAGCGACGGUUGCCUCACAUUAACCACCCUUGAGUUUGAGCCACGGGAAGAAUGUUGCACCGGAUUGGACAGGAGAGGAGCAAAAAGCAGAGAAUGUUCUUCAAAGUAGCAGUACAGGAUUGUGGGAUUUGUGGCUUCAGAAACGCACCACUUUGUCAUUUUUUCAGCUUCGAGCAUCCGCUGUGAGGUGAGCCCAAAUACCAAAUAUUUCCAUCUUGAGCUGAAUGUCGUCAGAGCAGGUUUUUGAGAAGUGAAGUACACAGCAGUGUUAUUUUCUACGCUACAAUAAAGAUUCUAGGCUCAGUUAGAGGAAAAUACUGGUACUGUCAGCCUUUUUUUUUUUUUUGCUCACUUUACCCCACAAAUGUUGGAGGAUCAGUAAGUCGAAUCAGUGCCGAGACGAUACAGCUGAGCUUGAAACUACAGCAUCGAAUUACAUUAGUUACUAUUAAAAUUCAUUACGCAGUUUUAUUUUCUUCCCCUAAAUGGUUCGUUUUAUCCGUUCAAGUGAUGAAGGAAAAACAGGAUUUGAAUCAGUGCAACAAGCAGCAGAAACAAGUAUUUCAAAUUUGAUUCUGUCCGUCUGUAAAGUCCAAUAAAUUAAUUAACAGUUGCCUUAAAUUACAAAAGUCAAAUCUACACAAUUACAAACUAGAUGUUCUCGUUUUUGGGGUCAGACUGUUCUCAUAAGGAAAUAAAGUAUAAAUGUACCACAUGACCUUCCUUAGUUUCAAGUUUUUCUUUAAGAUAAAAUUAAGGUUAGGUAUUGCUUGUAUUUGGGCUGCACAGUGGCGUAGUGGUUAGCACUUUCGCCUUGCAGCUAGAAGGUCCCUGGUUCGCGUCCCGGCUUUCCCGGGAUCUUUCUGCAUGGAGUUUGCAUGUUCUCACUGUGCAUGCGUGGGUUUUCUCCGGGUACUCCGGCUUCCUCCCACAGUCCAAAAAUAUGCUGAGGUUAAUUGAUUAUUCUAAAUUGCCCGUAGGUGUGAAUGUGUGAGUGCUUGUUUGUCUAUAUAUGUAGCCCUGUGACAGACUGGUGACCUGUCUAGGGUGUCCCCUGCCUUCACCUGAGUCAGCUGGGAUAGACUCCAGCCCCCCCCGCGACCCUAGUGAGGAUUAAGCGGUGUAUAGAUAAUGGAUGGAUGGAUAUUGCUUGUAUUUGAUCGAUUCUGCUCAUUGAUUCCGGUUCUUAAGAUUCUUACGACAAUCCUCCUUUCACAUUAAUGUUGUACUUUAUUAUAAGUUACAGAAGGGGUUUUCCCCGUAUUGAGUACUUUGAGUAACAGUUUCAAUGCAAGACUUCUACAAUGUGGGAUUAGUACUUCCAUCUUCAUAAACACUUAAAAAUCACAAGAAUUAAUGUAGUUACUGUGUUUUUUACACAGCUGCAACUUAUGAGCCACUAAAACCGAUAAAUUCUAUGUAAAGCCCAAAAUUGAUGCCAACGCUGCAACUACAAGAACAACAGUCUUAUUCUACAGAAUACAUAAAUUCCAACCUAUUCUUGGCCUCUGAAAGGACUAGAAAGUAGCAUAAUAACAACUAGUGGACUUCACAGUUUGAGAAACUUUGACUACUUUUACUGUAACAACAGUGAAGUCUAUUUGUUAAAAGUGGGGCUGGAACUAACAAUAACUUUCAGUCUCAAUUGUUUUCUCAAUCGAUUUGUAAUUUGAUCUCUAAAAUGUCAGAAAAAAUUGUGAAAAAAUGAACAAUAACUUUGGUGAAACUAAUAAAUGAUCUAAAUUGUUGGCAUUUUAGUAGUUGCAGCUCUAUUUUUGUUGGCCGUAAGUUUGAAUCUAAUGUUGGUUGGCGGAUAAGUUAAUAGUUGACAACUGAUCAAAUAGUGGUUACAGCUCUGCUUUUGUUGUUUUUUUGAAUUAUUGUUUAAAAUAUAGAAAACAAAAGUAGUGUAGCUUCCUAACAUUGGCUGUGUUGCUUUUAAUGUAACUCAGUGUUAAAGGUGGACCCACUAGGUCAUCAUCCAUUCGGAAUCUAAGAAUUUUUCUCCAAAUAGCUGGCAGUAAAGUUAAUAGUUGACAACUAAUUCAUCAAUUGUUGUAGUUAGAAGACAGUCACAGAAACUGUUAGAUUUACAAUUUAUCAAGACAAAUGUUCAUUUCUUUAGGACUAAUCAGAAAAAUUUGUUCAGGAACCGAUGAGCAGAAUUGAAAUCAAGUCUUCUCGAUAACUACUUUUGAAACAUUUCUCGAUGCCCAACCUGAUAAAAGUCUUGUUUGAUGGAUAUCGUCUGUCCUGCGCAGUGGAAUGUAAAGUAAUGUAACAUAGCAGUUCAAACAUGCCAAAAAAAUAAAAGCAAACUAACACCAGUAUUCCCCUUUAAAGUCAUUACUGUACUCUUUCGAAUGUUCAGGCCUCACCCGGCUGAUUUCCUCUGGGACAAACAGCCUUUUCCAUAAAGAUGCUCGUCGAGGAGCACCUGACCUUUGAGUGGAAUUAGGUUCUCAAACCCAGAAGGUUUCGUCCUCAUCUGGGCGAAGAAGGUCAGAGCGCCAUCCUGCAGCAGAAACACAAAUCUGAGGAGUGACUCUGAAAACAAAGAGGACGUGAAAAUGAAUCUUAAACAUUAUCAAAUUACUUUGAGACCUCCAAUAAACAGCUUGAGAGGGAGGGCAGGUGGGAAAAAAACGCAAAAAAAUAAAACAAGCUGUGCCCUCGCUUUAGCUAAAGGCCAAACUGUAAGGAGGCUGACAUUUAUCAGGCAUUUCAAAUGGUAAUAACAAAACACAAUGACAUAAUUGCCAUUUUUUCUUCUUCUGCUCUCCAUCAGCCCAAUAAACAACCCAAUUGAUAAGACGGAGGAUGUCGGGGGAAGGAGGAGAACGCUUUGACACUCAUGUACAUGUGUUCCCCUUGUUUUGUUUAUUAGCUUGUAGCCGGAGCUCCCAUUGUGUGAAGUGGCCAUUUUCCGAGUGCGGCGGUGUUGCCAUAAGCAUUUAAUAGGUUUAAAAACCCUUCAGUCUAAAAGGAAAACUGCUUCUCCACCUCAAGGUACAAUGUGAGGUCUCAAAUGGAAAUCAACAUGACAGUGGCACUCACCGAAAGUGGCUCUUUUUCUUCGGUCUUCACCAUUUUUCCGUCUUCAUACGGGGUGUCAGCAUAUCGCCAUUACGAAGACGCUCUUGUGUUUUCCUAUGGAGAGUAUAAUUGCCUCCGAGCAUUGGCGCCAUGCUCGGCUGAGAUAACAGGAAACAGGUUUUUUGUAAUGUUUUUUUUUUUUUUGAGGCAACUAGAUGGUGACAAUGAUGUCCCCUUUAUUCUCCAGAUACAAUAGAUCUGUGGUUGUUGGUGUGUAGACUCAGUCGGGCCUCCGGGGCCUCGACUCCACUACGCUAUAUUAUGUUGGUGACAAUGUGAUCGAGCAGUUGAGUUUUGUCAAUGUAGAAGCAAAAAUCGGAGCGGUUGUGGUAGUGUAAGGGGCCAUUCAUCGAUCUGCUUUGUAAACCGUGAUAUUUUGUACUGAAUAUUUAUAUGACACAAUUAAAUAUCUUUAAAAAUC